AAAGUAGUAUCGAAUACAACUCCGACAAACAAUUUUAGUAAUUUUAACCAGCAUAAUUAACUAUUGGCUGUUUAAUUUAAAUAGUUUUAUUAUUUAUUACGAUAUUGGGAAGUUAAAGACUACAGGAUCAGAGAACCCCACUUUAACAAAUUUCUCAUCAAUGGAAAUUAAGAACUUGACGAGUGGUAAUAGCAGCACACAAAUUGGCCACAAAAGGGAAUCCAAUUAGAAAAAGAAAUGGGCAAUCACAAAGUACUAAGAACGGCGGGUACCGCUGCAAGAUAUUCCAUGUACGAGUUCAUCGACGCCAUUAGAUCACAAAGAAUAAUUUGGGACCGAAGGCAUCCAAAUUUCCACAAUCGCGCACUGCGAGAUAAGUCUUGGCAACAGAUUGGCCAAGAGCUAUGCAAUAAUUUUGAUCUUGCUAGCGCCACAGAAAGGCAAGAAAUUGUUAAAACGUUAUUGAAGCGCUGGAAGAACACGCGGGAUAGUUAUUUACGUAUAAACCGACUGCGUCAGAGCGGCGAGGAUGUUGGCCGGGCUUCUUACAUUUAUGAAAAGGAGCUCCGUUUUCUCUUAGAUGCCAAAGCAGAAACGGAGGAGGAUGAGGAGACCUCACCAAAAAAGACAACAGCAUUAGUCAAACGGAAAAGAGGCAAAAGCUUAAUAUUAAAAGCGAUAAAUAAACGAAAAAGCCACGCACAGAAUUCUGAAUCUAUAACUGAUUAUAAAAAUGAGAUAAUCGAAGCGGAUAGUCAGCAUUCCGAGAUAGACGAGUUUUGUAGUUCUUCGACCGAAGAUGCUGAGGAAGGCGCCGACGUCAUAGUCGAUCCCUGUAGCAGUUCCAUCAUUGAGUUCGCAUUAGAAAGCGAUACUGAUGUGAAUACUUCACCUACCAAACCCACAUUUGCUACUUCCAAGACUCCGGAUUCUUACAUUUAUGAAAAAGAGCUGCGUUUUCUCUUAGAUGCCAAAGCAGCAACGCAGGAGGAUAAGGAGACCUCACCAAACACAAAAACAACAUCAUUAGCCAAACGGAAAAGAGCUAAAAGCAUCAUAUUACAAGCGUCAAAUAAACGAAAAAGCCAGACACAGAAUACUGAAUCAAUGGAAUCAAUAUCUGAUCAUCAAAAAGCGAUAAUAGAAACGGAUCGUCAUUCAGUAAUAGACGAGUUUAGUACUUCAACUGAAGUCGUCGACGAAAUUGUCGAUCCCUGUAGCGGCUCCAUCAUAGAGUUCGCAUUGGAAAGUGAUAAUGAUGCGAAUUCCUCAUUUUCCGAACCCACAUUGGAUGCUUCCACGAAUCCGGACCCAGAUCAAGCCUUCUUCGAUAGUAUUAAGCCCCACAUGCAGCUAAUGAGUAACGCAAGAAAGCUCGAUUUUCAAAUUGAAGUGCUGCAAUUGCUACGUAAUUUUAAUCCGAAUUGAAUUAAAGGAAAUCAUAAAGUAAAAAGCUAAACUUUACAUUUAAAUCAUCAUCUAACUCACUAAGAACGCCUUCAGUUUCCAAUGGUUUUUUUUAUUUAAAUUUUUUUUUCAUUUGUUCAUCGGGCAUUCAUCCUCAAUUACAUAUUCGAAAUUUGCAGAAGUCAUAAUCAUCUGUUUGCGGCUAAGUGCAAAUGUUUAAUAUCAUUUAAAAACCAGACAAAUUUAUAUCAGACCAAUCUAAGCGGAUUCACAUCCAGUUAGUUGGCUAACAGGACAACUGUGAUAAGUUUUAUGCUGCAAAUAAUUCACCAAAGGCACAAACUGACAAAAUUUCACAUCAGCUAUGGCUCGUUUUUGCUUUUUUUUUUUUUUUGUGUAGGUCCAAAGCGGUUGGACCAGUUUCGGUUUCGGUUUAUAAAAAGAAAUAAAGAGAGGAAACCUGUCUUUGUCUGCA